GAAGCAGAAACACGGAUUAUGGUUCCUAUGAAGAGCUCGGUUUACUAGCUGCCGUUUUCUUUGUUCUUUUUUUUUUAUAGAAGGAAGACACGUAUUGAUAUUAUGUCUAUUAAUCGACCGCGUUUGAGUACUGGGUGGUUUCCUGUGUAGUAUAAGAUACGUUAGCGUGUUGGGGCUUUAGGCUGGUGCGUUAGCUCGCGGUAGCUCCAGUGACACACUUCCUGUAUGAGUCGGAGUUAGGCCCCGUCAGGCACUGAGCUCCGAGCGCAGUUGCCUGCUUCUGAUUAUCCGGAGUGACGUGCUCCCUGCUGUAGGAUGCUUGUUGAAUGCAGCUCUAACUCCGCGGCUACUUUCUGCUCGACUGCUGACAGUCUGCAGUAGCACAAUGAUAGGCGUCCCCACGCAGCCCGUCCUGAGGUGCCUCCCCAAGUGAUAUGAUAGUUGCCACCUGGAUUGCAUUCUGUGCCAGCAGGAGCCUUGCGCAGGUUCUGCAACUGUCUGUCGAACAGCUGCGAUCUGUCCAGUUGUGGCAGGGCCUCGUGGGACGCAGAGCCAUGGGAAACAGCUGCGUGUGUAGAGAGGACAGUGACGUAGAGGAGGGAGUUCCACCUCGGAGGCCGAUCAGGCGGGUGGAGAACUCUGAGCCCCAAGAGGCUAGGGGCAGCCGGCCCCGGGACCCUGUCCGACCACCCAGACGAGGUCGCGGCCCACAUGAACCACGUCGGAAAAAACAGAACGUCGACGGGCUGGUGCUGGAUACACUGGCUGUUAUCAGGACUCUUGUUGACAAUGACCAGGAGCCCCCUUACUCAAUGAUUACAUUGCAUGAGAUGGCAGAAACUGAUGACGGGUGGCUGGAGGUGGUUCAGUCUUUGAUUCGAGUGAUUCCUCUGGAUGACCCGUUGGGUCCGGCUGUGAUCACCCUGCUCUUAGACGAAUGUCCUCUGCCCACCAAAGAUGCUCUCCAGAAGCUGUCAGACAUGUUGAGUUUGAGUGGUGCUGUGGCUCACCAGGACGCCCUCAUCCCCGCCAAACACCGCAACACCACUGCAGUGCUGGGCUGCUUAGCUGAGAAACUCGCUGGUCCUGCUAGCAUUGCACUCCUCAGCCCAGGAACCUUGGAGUAUUUACUGGAGAGCCUGGGUUCUGAGGCACAUCCUACUGUGAUGCUGUUUGCUCUCAUUGCUCUGGAGAAAUUCUCCCAGACCAGUGAAAACAAACAGACCGUGUCUGAGUCAUGUAUCGGUGAUAGGCUAGCAGUGUUGGAGUCCUGGGCAGAUCACCCAGACUACCUUAAACGCCAAGUCGGCUUCUGUGCACAGUGGAGCCUGGACAACCUCUUUUUAAAGGAGGGUCGCCAUUUCACUUACGAGAAGGUCAAUCUAAACAACAUUAACGCCAUGCUUAACAGCAAUGAUGUCAGUGAAUAUCUCAAAAUCUCUCCCAGUGGACUAGAGGCACGAUGUGACGCAUCAUCAUUCGAGAGCGUGCGCUGUACGUUCUGUGUGGACUCUGGUGUUUGGUACUACGAGGUCACGGUGAUCACUUCGGGUGUCAUGCAGAUCGGUUGGGCCACCAAGGAUAGCAAGUUCCUCAAUCAUGAGGGUUAUGGGAUUGGAGAUGAUGAGUACUCGUGUGCAUAUGACGGCUGCAGGCAGCUCAUUUGGUACAAUGCACGCAGUAAACCUCACUCUCACCCCUGCUGGAAAGAAGGUGAUGCCAUAGGAUUUUUAUUGGACCUCAGCAAGAAACAGAUGAUUUUCUACCUGAAUGGACACCAACUUCCUCCUGAAAAGCAAGUGUUCUCCUCUGCCAUGUCUGGCUUCUUUGCUGCAGCCAGUUUCAUGUCCUACCAACAGUGUGAGUUCAAUUUCGGGGCCAAGCCAUUCCGCCACCCCCCAGCUGUAAAGUUCAGCACCUUUAAUGAAUUUGCCUCACUUGCAUCUGAUGAGAAAAUAAUCCUACCCAGACAUAGACGCCUAGCCCUUUUGAGGCAAGUGAGCAUCAGAGACAAUUGCUGCACCCUCUGCUGUGACCAAAUGGCAGAUACAGAAUUGAAACCUUGUGCACACAGUGGGAUAUGCAUGGAGUGUGCCUUACAGCUGGAUACGUGCCCGUUGUGUCGUCAGGACAUUCAGACUCGAGUCAGACUCAUUUCACAUGUGUCCUGACACCAGCUCACAAAGCCAAGACAUGGACACUUUCCCCUAGCUUCCAUCCCAUCCAAGUUCUGUCCAAGAGAUCCAGGCUGACCGAUAAAAUAAUGAGGCUGUUUCAGGAUGGGAUGCUGCAGCUCAAAAUGUUGUGAGGAGAGCUGGAAACGUUUCUCCUGAGGAAUGGAAGAGUCAAGACGAGAAAAAAGGUAGACGAGAAGAGGCAAUGGAAAGGAACAUGUGGACUCUAAGAUGGUCGCGCCCAGUCGGAGAGGAAAACGGUUUGAACGGGUUUCUCCAAAGGUCAAAGCAUAAUUUCCAGGACAAUUAAUGCAUGUCUAGUUGUACAUGCAUUGUACAAUCUGCCUAAGACUCACUCCCAAAGGCACUAAUCGAAUGUGUCUGCAUAUUUCUGUGUUCAAAUGUGUUCUAUGUAUUUGUGACCUCUUAUGUUACAAAAUUCAGCCAUGCAGACAGCAGUUCCCUCAAUGUCUUUUUCCCCACUUAAUGCAACUCCCUGAGACAGCGUAAACGUAAUAUGUUCUCUGAUCAUUCGCUCCUUAUUGCUGUACAUGAAAUUGUGGGCUGAGUCCCUUGGAUUAUCAGUAGGAUGGAAUCCUUAGUGAAUUGAAAAGCUGUGAUUUUAAGUCGGCUUAUGCAGAUUUUUGUUGUAUAAAAUAAAAAUAUUAUUUAGUAUCAGCAACUCAAAUAUUCAGAGGUUAACAUUUGACUUGCAAUCACACAAAUUCAGGGUGCGGUGCUGUUCAGUAGUCGCUUCAACUCCUGAUAGUCAUUUGAUUUGUUUACUUUUGUUGUGUAAAAAGAAGCACAUAUCUCAGUCAUGGAUAUAGCGAGUAAAAUGUUGAGAUGCAGUUAACGAGGCUGAAAUCACAAGAGCCCCCAAAGAUUGUAACAGACUGAAUUCAGAAUAAUUAUUUUUUCUGAACCGUGAUGUUUGUAAUAAACGUCAGAUUUAAAUGUU